AGUAGAAAGUUAUUUCGCCCGAAACCAAUGUCAUUACUUUACCCGAAAUUUCAUCAUGUGUAAUACACAGAGAGAAAUAAAGUUGAGUAAAGCAGUGUGUGUAAUAUAUCUCGUUCUUUAAGCGAUUAUGAGACGUAACAAACACGGUGAAGGUGCUUGAUAAUUCGUUCUUUAAGCCUUGAUGCGACGAAACAAGACCAGUAAAUAAGUAAUAGGAUGUUGAUUUCGGGCGACUUUACGAUAACUUUCGGGUGACAUUACUCUUAUUUCAGGCGAAAUAACAUCGGGCAACAUGACUUUUGGGCGACUUGACCGUAAAUCGCCAAAAGUAAUUAGAGGACACUGUCAUCUACUCUUGGCAUUAUGAUUACGGUUAUGUACCCUGUAAAAAAGUUUUACGGUCAACUCGCCACCAACGAAAUCGCCACUAAGUCGACUCGCCACCAACGAAUAACCCUGAAAUAAUUGACACAGUUUAAUACCUAGGAUUACUUACCUAAGAUUUUUACUUUUUCUUCAAGCUCAUUCGAAUUUAAAGUCGAGCCAAAUACAAAUCUGUCGAUCCUAAUUGACAAUCCUUGCGUCGAACGUCUUAUGCUCUUGAUAAUGCAAAUACUAAAAAUACAUGUAUAGGUUCUGUGAAUGUAAACUUUGACAUUUGAGAGAUUAAAAAACUGGCAGGAACGUUUCACAAUUACUAGUCAUUUCUUUGAAACAUGAAAAUAAAGUAACGGUUAAGAAAGUUUCUAAACAAUGCUAAGCUAAGUUCUAUUCUUAGUGGCAAGAUGGUUUGGUGGCGAGGUGACCAGAUACCGUAAGAAGACCUCGUAGUUUGGGAUAAGCAAGCGAAAUACGUUCUGAAAACUUAAAGGAUACUAAUUUGAAAACGUCUUUCCUUGCAGAGGGAAACUGUUCAUAAAUAUUUUGACACCUAAAUAACACUCCAAUGAAAAUGGAGCUGGUACAAACUUUUAUCUUUUCAACCUUUCAGCGACAGAGGUGGUAACAAAGGAAUACCUCGAGUACCUGCCUUUAGAAGUUCUGGAAGCUGGGAUAAAAUCGGUAAGUACACUUAAAUUGAAACUGGUUAUGGAUAAAGCGCUUUACAGAAAAAAAAAACACCUUAUUUUGCUUUAAAUUGUUCAAAGCGGUUUAUUCCUCUGGUAAACAAGAAAGUCCUUAAGAUAAAAACAUGACCAAAAGAAUUGGAUUUUUCUCUUUAAAAUCCUCAGAAAUAAAUAGUUCUAUGCAACAGGCCGACCAAAAUGGGUUUUUUUUUUUAAAGUAUAACACCUUAGGGGGAUCUCGUCCACUGAUUUUUUAACCUUAGUUAGACUGAGAAAUGAUCUCAAGAGAAGGGUUAAGCUCAUAUUUUCCCCACACAAAGAGUCUCGUUAUGUAUCACCUGGUCAAAAGGAAUUGAGAAAAUCUGAGUUUUUAGCAACAAAGGUUUGUUACAAGUACUGUUUACAAGAGGAAAGAGCCCUUCUAGUUACAAGAGGAUACUAAUAGCGGAGCUCUCGCGCGCAAAGCGCGCGCAGCGGAGUACCACGGGCAAGAAAAUGAAGUAAUCUACCCAUCCGAGAAAAUUUGGUAAUCACGUGACGCGUACGCCCGCCCGCCCGACCGUCCGUCCGUACCACAGGCAAGCCGAUGUAAAAUAACUCAAUCAACAGAUAUAAUAACCCAAAUGCAACUCGAGGUUAUUUUGGCGGGGAAUCGCACAGCCACCGGCGUCUUGUAAAGCAGAGACAACUAAAGAGUCAAUAAAGACGAAAAUAAAAAGCAGAAAUUGGUUCUGUACCCGUUUUGUCUAAAGUAUUAAGCUUAGAUUGAUUGUCAUGUCCACAAAUUUGGAAUAUAGAGCAAGAGAAAGACAGAGAAAAAGAGAAAGUAGGCGGCAGGCCAGCGAAGCUCGACGAGAAAAAGGGCGACAGAGAUCUAGAGCGAGAGAUUAAAAAAGGAGACAUUUUUUGUUUGAAGAUCAACAUGAAAAUUUUGUAGCGGCGGUGAGAAAAUGAGAAAUGCUAGCGGACACCAAGCAAAUGCAAGGUGAAAAUGAGCGGCAGUGAAAAAAAAUGAACGAGAACACGUAUGACAUUUCCUCCAUUAAAAGUGUAACUAAGAAGUUUCUGGAAGUUUCACGUUGUAGUCGUGCAAAACAACGGCAAAGAAAUGUACAAAAAAAGUGUUUUGGCCGUGCAAAGUUGCUUUUUUGUUAAUUAGACCUUAACCCUAACCCUAACCUAAUUUUUACCGUUCUCCGGCGUUGCCUUCGCCGCUUAGCAUUACACGAUUUUAUAUUUUGUUUGAACGAACUUUAAAUAUUAUCGAGAGCUUCGCUUUUAGCCCUGGCUAAAUGUAUAUUUUAGAAUUUCACUAAAACUGUAUAUAAGGUAUACUACCCAUUUGGCUCGAGCAAUAAAAAAAUUGAGUAAAACUUUAAUCUAACUUACGGCCUACUAUAAUAUGAGGCUGGUCUGCGAAAUUUGAAGAUGACGUAAGGUAGGAGUCCAUUACAGUUUUUAAAAGUACCAUCCCAGUCAGUCAAUGGUUAGCCUUCUAGAUUGAAUAUGUUGUUUAUCCUUUGAAUAGAGUUGAACAAUUAUGUUGUUGAUUCCUAUAUCUAUGUUUGUAUCUUCUUUGUUCCACAAUAAUGAAUAUUGUAUCUCUCGAUUCAUAUAUGUUAUCGAUUCUUAUUUCUUAUUUCGUUUUAUUAUUAUUAUGAUAAUGAUGAUGAUAAAAAUGAUGAUGAUGAUCAAGAUGAUGAUAAUGAUGAUGAUGGCGAUGGUGGUGGUGAUGGUAGUGGUGAUAAUGAUUUUGAUGAUUAUGGUAGUGGUGGUGGUGGUGGUGAUAAUAAUGAUGCAGCAUUAUAAAACUGUUAAAUGCUGAAAGUUGUAAAAUGAGGUAGGGCGCAACACAUAGCUUGCACUUUGUUCCGUGCCUGUUGGCGAAGCAUGUGAAUGAGUGGAAAAACAAAGUUUAUAUUCUGAAUGAUCUGGCUGCUUUCAUAACCAGUUUUUAUCUAUGAAUUCCUUUAGGGUCGCUUCUUGCAGGGCUGUCUUAAUGUCAACAAACACUGCGCACAAGACGAGGCAUUUGUCCAGAAGUCAGGGUACAGUACACGCUAGACAAAAUUUGAUAGCCCUUGUGAUAUUAACACCACCAAAACUCCAUCAACUCAUUUCAAAAAUUUUCUUUAAUAUUUUUCUCUUUGUAGGGAGAGUACUUCAAGCAGCAAAGAUUCCCUAGAUUCAGAUGUGUUAAUCUGUGGCAUGGCAAAUAGGUAUGAUUGGGAUGUUAUAAAGUUUAAUUUUACUUUGCGCUUAAACCCUAUUAGGUUUAAGUAAACGUGAAACAGCUGAUCAAGGGCUUAAGUGCCAUUUCAAUCUUUUAGGUUGUAUCCUGAACAGACGCACAAGCGUUUUAGCUCUUGUCAUACCCCACAGCUCCCAAACAUUCCUGUCUAAAGCGUAGACAUCGUGCGUGUCAGAGGUGUAUAAUAUAGUAUUCUUUCUUAAGAGCGAGCGGGUUUCUAAACGAAAACAUGGACGAAGAUCACUUGUAUUUUCCCAAGGUCCUCCAACCUCUCGUUCUCGUUGUCUCCCAUUGUCUCCCUUCUUUCCGCGGUUUCCAGACCCAGGGAACGAGGUCGAAGGUCGUUAAGUGACUCUCUGUCUUAACUGGCACCUUUAAAAAACUGACACCGUAAGUUGUUCCCUAUCGCUCGGUAAUUUUCGGCUUUCUCCUUAGUAAGACAGACACCUCAGCAGCGGAGGGAAAACAUACGACCAGUUCCACCGGUGGGAGUUUUAAGAGAGCUCAGUGUAUCAAGAUAGAGCAUUCAAUGGAACUGGGAUAGUUAAGCCUGAGAAUAGAGCCGACUUUUCGUGACGCUGCCACUGUUUUUACCCGAGGAGCAAGUUCAGAAAUUCCAUACUGAUGACGUAUCACUACCAAGAUCUGGGUAGUGCUUCAGAUUGGAUGAAACAAAUUGAACCAAUCAGAAGCUCAACCCAGAACUUGGUAAUGACGCGUCAUCAGUAUGGAAUUUCUGCGCUCGUUCCUAAGCCGUCAUUUCGCGGGAAUACUGCUGGUGGCGUCGCGAAAUUUCGGCUUCUUCUCAGGAAAAAAAAAAAUAAAUGUAAUUCUGUUUGGGAGUACGAUUCCAGACGCAGUGCAAUACUUACGUUACACCUCCAGGUUCAUAAUUUAAUUGGGUUUGAUACUUGUAUGGUACUUGGUAUGAUACUCUAUUACUAUCAAGAAUGGCUCAAUGUUUGCUUUUAAUCCUUGCCUUAUUACUGACAAAGCUGCUGAUGAAUUCUUUCGGCUUAUUACAUAGAAAUCGAGCGGUCCAUGGUGAUAUUGUGGUGGUUGAAUUGCUACAUAAAUCUCAGUGGAAGGGCAGAUCUAUUUCCCUUAAGAGCAAGGAUCAAGGUAAUGAAAUAGUGAAUGGUCUUCGGUACAGCUUGCUGCAUUCAAUGGCCUCUUGUUUUAAAGAAACUUGAACGGGCUAAUAGAGCGUUUUCACAUGACGUCAUGUCCGCCAUACUGGUGUACCAAAGCAAUGAAACGGAGGCCAUGUUGGUUUUACAGACCAAUCCUCUGGGAGUAGAACCUUUUUCUCAUGUAAAAUCUCUCUUUUGUUCCAAAAAUAUGCAUAGCUGCUGACCACGUGAGUGAAAAUGCUCUAUUAAUAACCUGGGCCGGGUUUUUCAAAGCAGGGGUCAAUUUACAGUGCAACCCCGCCUUACGGCCACCUCGAUACUACGGUCACCUCGUUAUUACGGCCACUAUUAUUUAGCCGCCUGGCAAAACGGCCAAACAUUUUUUUGUAAAAAAAAACCCCCGUUGAUACGGUCACCCGUUGAUACGGCCAAUUUUUUUGGCCCAUUGGUGACCGUAUCAACGCAGUUCCACAAAACUUUUACAAGUAUAAUUUAUAAGUGUAGCUAUUAUUUUCGGACACUAAGACAAUAGCUACACUUGCAAAUUACACUUGUAAAAGUUUUAUUCAAUUGACCCCUGGGUGAAGGUAACCAUUACCCAGGGUUAAUGCCAAAUUUAAACUCAGAUAUGAAAGCUUUACAAGCAAAUUCAGUUGAAUUCUUUUUGUUCACAAUUAAAUGAUUGGAUGCUCCAAAAGUAAUGGAGAAAACGUUCCGAGAAAAUGGUUCCGAACAAAAGACCAAGAAACGCGGAGUAAAUUUUAACCCCCAGUUUAGUGUUAGCGCUCCUCCCCUCAGGAGGGGAGGAGCGCUGCGUGACGACACUAAAAACGGCUGUGUAGCAGACUAGCCUUCGAACAAAUGGACCCUACUGUGCAGGCGUUCUCUGGGAGGUGGGAGAACUCUUGAAAUCGCUUGUAAGUUGAAUCCACUCAAGACACGGUAAACAGGUACUGAAAUAGGGACGUGCGGGGAACCUUUUUACCUUUUAUGCCAACCUUAUUAAAAUCACUUUCUAUUACCCCCAGUUGUUUUUAUGCAAUGAGCUCUUAAAAUCAAACGCGGGUGUGACUGUGGGGAAUGACGAGCUCGCUCGGAAAGACGAUUGUACCACAGGUGAACUUAAAAAUCUCUGCAUGGGAAGCUUUUUCUGUAUUAUCAAUGGUUCCAAUAAUUAAAGAAGUACUGGGUUCUACAUACUAGCCAGGCCAGGUGCUGUACAAUAAACAAAUGUUAUAACUGGAAGGAUGACAAAAGAGUGCUGCUUACAGCUCGGCCUAAUUAGAGCACCUAAAAAUAUUUUGAAGAAUGUCAAAUACAAACCUUCACUUAUCCGUAGGUGAACAACUGUCUGUUGGAGAGCAGAGUGAUGUAAUGCCUACUGGCCGUGUGGUUGGAAUAUUGCAAAGAAACUGGCGCGAUUAUGUUGCAAGUUUUGACGAGAACGAGGUACUGCUAUGCUUAAACAAGUGAAGCUUUUUAAAAAAAGGAUCUAUGAUGUGUCCCCUGUGUCCCUUGAGUCUCCUGUGUACCUUAUGUCCCCUGUGUCCCUUGAGUCCCCUGUGCCCCUUGUGGUCCCUUGUGUCCCUUGUGUCCCCUAUGUCCCCUGUGUCCUCUGUGUCUCUUGUGUCCCCUGUGUCGUUGUGUCCCUUGUGUCUCCCUGUGUCCAUUGCAUCCCUUGUGUCCCCUGUGUCCACUUGUGUCCCCUGUGUUCCUUGUGUUCCCUAUGUCCUGUUGUGUCCCCUGUGUCCCUUGUGUUCCCUGUGUCCCCUUGUGUCCCUUGAUCCCCUGUGUCCCUUGCGUCUCUUGUGUCCCCUGUGUCCCCUGCAUCCCCUGUGUCCCCUUGUGUCCCUCCCUGUGUCCCCUGUGUCCCUUGUGUGCCCUGUGUCCCUUGCGUCCCUCAUGUCCCUUGUGUCCCCUGUGCCCCCUGUGUCCCAUGUGUCCCCUUGUGUCCCCUUGUGUCGCCUGUGUCCCCUUUUGUCCUCUGUGUCCUUUGUGUCCCUGUGUCCCCUUGUGUCCUUUGUGACCCCUGUGUCCCUUGUGUCCCCUGUGACCCUUUUGUCCCCUGUGUCCCUUUUGCCCCGUGUCCGUUUUGUCCUUGUCCCCUAUAUCCCCUUGUGUCCUCUGUGUCCCAUGUAUUGCUUUUGUCCCCAGUGUGAUCCUGUGUCCCCUAUGUCACUUGUGUACCAUGUGUCCCCUGUGUUCCCUUGAAUGAUAAUGUUAAUAAUUAUGACGGUUAUCAUUUUAUAUUGUAAUACACUGUAGCACUGUCGGUUUUCAAGUUGUUACUGUUCUUAUUCUCAGUGCAGCCAGCUGAAGAUGGAAGACAGGCACCUGGCUAAACCUGUUUUCUUUUAGUCAAAUGACAGAAUCCCGAGCGCGAUUUAGUCCUAUCUUUUGAGUUUUCGCUGGUCUGAAAUUUCGUUCAAUACUUCGACAUUUUGGGACUAGCCUUAGCUUCUGGCUGACCUCCCUCCUUAUUCCGCAGUAAACUUCCUAACUGAGAAUUUAAUUUGGUAAAAAGGGCAUAGCAUGUGUAUUAAGUAAAUAUUCACAUCACUUAAGAUUAUUAUAACAUUUUAGAUUAGUUGCAAUGUUAUCGAAUCGUACGCAUGCUCCGCAUCUUGAAGCUAAAUGCUUUUUGGUCGUUUUUUUCUUUUGUUUUUUGUUUAGCACUUGCAGGGAACAAGAAAAAUAGCGGGAAAGGUAAACGUGCAAUGUUUGGCCACCCAGUGUCUUAAAUGUUGUUACUUAUAUUGUAGCAUUUACCUCAAUUUCUUUAAUUUUUCUACACGUACUUCGACGAGGUUUGUGCGGUUUUAAAACGUCCUUACUAUUCUGGUCGCUUGGAUAACUCGGCAUGAUAUUUUUCUUUUUUUCAAAAAACUUACUUAAACAACUGCGUCGCGAAGUGGAAGUUAGGUGCCUGGAAUAUCCAGGAGCUUCCAAUAUUGGCAGCCAGCUGCUAGAAGGGACUGCUCCCAUGGCUGGCAAGUCCUGCAACCCUUGAGCCAUUAGCCCCCACUCGCAAGGGAAGAAAGCAGGCACCCACUGAGCAAGUCAGUGGAAAGAGGGAAGGGAGGGGGGGGGGGGCAAACCGCUAAAAAUUGAGUCCCUACGAAAGUGAAACGUCAAGGCUGAAUAAAGGCUCCCUUAAACUGCCCAAAAACUCCAAAACGCGAGAAAGCUAAAACGUACUUGGACAUGCUACAACGCACACAACUCCAAGAGCAUGUGGGAUCUUGGUGUAUGCGAAUCUCGCAACACCUAUGGCCAGCAAGAUAACGUUUGUACUCCUUGUUGUUAAAUCCGUUAAAUAGCAUUGAACUGCAUGCUUUAAUUAAUUUCCUUACAGUUGAAUGUUCUGUUCGACCCUUGUUGCAUGAAAUAUACGUACAGCCUUGCGACACGCUUUACGGUUUCCUUAAAAAGCUUUGUUCUUUUUCAAGGUUGUUGUUGUGCCUUGGGAUUACCGUAUUCCGAAGAUUCGAAUCAGCACCAGACAAGUUGACAGUCUACGAGAUCAAAGGUAAGUGAGGUGUUAUCACUGAACGCGUACAUCGUUUGACCAAACAAAAAAAACUCAUCACUUCGCUAGUUACCGCCGCCUGGUUAGCUCAGAUGGGAAAGCGCCAGUCUGCUGAGCUGUCCAGUGUGCUGUGUAAAAGCUAUGUCAAGGUCGUUUUGUAUGCUGUGUAAAAGCUGUGUCAAGGUCGUUCUGUAUGCUGUGUAAAAGCUAUGUCAAGGUCGUCUAGUAUGCUAUGUAAAACCUAUGUCAAGGUCGUCCAGUGUGCUAUGUAAAAGGUAUGUCAUGGUCGUUCUGUAGGCUAUGUAAAAGCUAUGUCAAGGUCGUCCAGUGUGCUAUGUAAAAGCUGUGGCAAGGUCGUCUAGUAUGCUGUGUAAAAGCUAUGUCAAGGUCGUCUAGUAUGCUAUGUAAAAGCUAUGUCAAGGUCGUCCAGUGUGCUAUGUAAAAGGUAUGUCAUGGUCGUUCUGUAGGCUAUGUAAAAGCUAUGUCAAGGUCGUUCUGUAGGCUAUGUAAAAGCUAUGUCAAGGUCGUCUAGUAUGCUAUGUAAAAGCUAUGUCAAGGUCGUCCAGUGUGCUAUGUAAAAGGUAUGUCAUGGUCGUUCUGUAGGCUAUGUAAAAGCUAUGUCAAGGUCGUUCUGUAGGCUAUGUAAAAGCUAUGUCAAGGUCGUCCAGUGUGCUAUGUAAAAGCUGUGGCAAGGUCGUCUAGUAUGCUGUGUAAAAGCUAUGUCAAGGUCAUCCAAUGUGCUAUGUAAAAGCUAUGUCAAGGUCGUUCUGUAUGCUGUGUAAAAGCUAUCUGAAGGUCGUCUAGUAUGCUGUGUAAAAGCUAUGUCAAGGUCGUCCAGUAUGCUAUGUAAAAGCUAUGUCAAGGUCGUCUAGUAUGCUGUGUAAAAGCUAUGUCAAGGUCGUCCAGUGUGCUAUGUAAAAGCUAUGUCAAGGUCGUCCAGUGUGCUAUGUAAAAGCUAUGUCAAGGUCGUUCUGUAUGCUGUGUAAAAGCUAUCUCAAGGUCGUCUAGUAUGCUGUGUAAAAGCUAUGUCAAGGUCGUCCAGUAUGCUGUGUAAAAGGUAUGUCAAGGUCGUCCAGUAUGCCAUGUAAAAGGUAUGUCAAGGUCGUCCAGUGUGCCAUGUAAAAGCUAUGUCAAGGUCGUCUAGUAUGCUGUGUAAAAGCUAUGUCAAGGUCGUCCAGUAUGCUAUGUAAAAGCUAUGUCAAGGUCGUCCAGUAUGCUAUGUAAAAGCUAUGUCAAGGUCGUCUAGUAUGCUGUGUAAAAGCUAUGUCAAGGUCGUCCAGUAUGCUGUGUAAAAGCUAUGUCACUGUCGUUCUAUAUGCUGUGUAAAAGCUAUGUCAAGGUCGCCUAGUAUGCUAUGUAAAAGCUAUGUCAAAGUCGUCCAGUGUGCUAUGUAAAAGCUAUGUCAUGGUCGUUCUGUAUGCUGUGUAAAAGCUAUUUCAAGGUCGUCUAGUAUGCUAUGUAAAAGAUAUGUCAAGGUCGUCUAGUGUGCUGUGUAAAAGCUAUGUCAAGGUCGUUCUGUAUGCUGUGUAAAAGCUAUGUCAAGGUCGUCCAGUGUGCUAUGUAAAAGCUAUGUCAAGGUCGUUCUGUAUGCUAUGUAAAAGCUAUGUCAAGGUCGUCCAGUAUGCUAUGUAAAAGCUAUGUCAAGGUCGUUCUGUAUGCUAUGUAAAAGCUAUGUCAAGGUCGUUCUGUAUGGUAAGUAAAAGCUAUGUUAAGGUCAUCCAGUAUGCUAUGUAAAAACUAUGUCAAGGUCGUCUAGUAUGCUGUGUAAAAGCUAUGUCAUGGUUGUCUAGUAUGCGAUGAAAAAGCUAUGUUAAGCUAGUAUACUACGAUAAAGCUAUUUCAGGGUGGUCUAGUUUGUAAAAGCUUUGGUAGGAUAUUCUUGUUUGGUACUAAAAGCUGUCUCAAUGCUUUUUAACGUUAUUCCACUUCUAGGUAGGAAGCUACUUAAAGUUUGUCUAGCUUGUUUAUUUAAAGUCGUUAUUUUUUUAAAUCUAAUUGAAGUAAGAUUUGCCAUGGGAAACUUAUGGAAAGGUAGUCUACUUUGUAGAGUUAUUUACGAAAAACUCGUAUGUUCUUUAGCGUUUUAAACGAUUUGGACUUCCUUGCCAUUAUGCUUGGGGCAAGGUAAAAGGGUCAUAGUAUAAAUUCAUCAUAAAGUGAUUUUCCUCUGUGCAUAGAAUCGUCGUGCGGAUCGAUUUUUGGGAAGUAGACUCCAUGUACCCAAGUGGCCACUUUGUACGUUCCCUGGGCCCUAUUGGUAACCUAGAAACAGAGAUUCAAGCUCUGAUGGUGGAGCAUUCCCUGGCAGCGCCCUCCUUCACUGAAGCCCAGCUGAAGGAGCUUCCUAGCAACACACCAGAGAACCCCUGGGUAAUGACUGAGGAGGAAAUAGCAAAGAGGCGAGAUCUACGGUAUAUCGUUAUUAAUAAUAAAGCUCUUAGGUAACAAAACAAAGUUCUUUGACACAAAAUAUUGAUAUAAAAUAGUCUAUAUUCUUUAAAGCCAUAUGAAUUAACUACAUGAUAACAAAAGAUUAAACGUUCAGUUCUGAUUGCCGGAAGGAUGAAGGGAUUUUCUCUGUUCCGCAGCGAUCUGGAUCGUGUAGGUGGCAAAAGAUCCACCAGUGGGCCAUCAGUAGAACUAGUGACAUCUUUUUCGCUCUAUUUUAGCUCGUGGAACCCUACUGUAAUUUAACUUCUCGAAUAAAAAAGAGACCUAAAACCGAGAAGAAGAGAGAUGUAGGAGUAGAACCACCUUUUGCAGCCCAAAACGCUUUACCACGCUAUAAGUAAGUGAAUGCUUCACUUACAGUUUUUCAGUUAUUUCAGGUUAAAGGGUUCAGUCAAAAGCGAGAACCACUCUUUACACCUUAACAAACGUCAAAGUAAAGUAAUGUUUAUGUUUUCAGCUUAAGUCCACGCCACGAUUUCGUAUAGAGACAAAGUUUAAAGCUAUAAUGUGGAAGAAAAAUGACUACCGUACAGUACUGUUACAGCUGUUAUUAAAGGUUCAUUCAAAAUAAUCAAAAAAGCCUCCAGUGCAUUUUUCAACUAAAUUUAAAGUUUGGCAGAAAAGUACAACUCAAUAGACCUUAUUCAAUAUAUUCGCCAGCUUUACACGCGCUUUAGGAUCGACGGGAUGAAAAAAAAGGCACGUGGUAUUUCAGGGGGCAAAAAUAGUAAUAAUAACAUUUGCUGAUACGAGUAAUCGCGGUCAAGUGUGUUUAUUCUCAAAACGAGACGACGGUUUAAUAGUCAUGCAAAAUGUACAGUUCGACUUUCGAUAAGUUUUACGUCAAUAUUAGAGGGUAUCACGUUUACGUUAAACGGCAAACGCGAAUUUGUACAACGUGAGCAAGUUUCCCCUUUACUUGUCGUUUACUGUUCAUUAUUUCUACACAUAAAUAAGUAGUUUCACGCAAUUUCUUAUCCAAAGAAUUUUUUGAGCUGUUUUUAUCUGCUCAUUUUCUAUUUUGAGAAAUUCUCAACUUGAAUCUUACGUUUGCCGUUUGCCGUAUACGUGAAGCUUAAACUCUCUAUUGCUUGCUUUGAGGACAUCUACUGUCGCUACUGCAUCCAACAAAGUAACAACAUUGCAUUUCUUUUCGUUUUCUUAUCUCGUUUAUCCCAUCAGUUGUUAAGCGCGUUCAAAGAUGACCGGUAUCGUGAAUAAGGUCUAUUUCACUCCUUCUGCGUAAGCAGGGGUUUUAUCUGGACGUGUCAGGCCUGGUACAAAGAAGUAGGUUAACCUAUUGUUGACACAGGUUGUGUAGAAUACACUCGUACUUACCGUGUUGUGUUUUUCAGUAAAUCACACCUUAUCUUCAGUAUUGAUCCCAAGGGAUGCGAGGAUGUGGAUGACACGUUGUCAGUUAGGUACUUUUGUUAUCACUUCACUUGAAUCUAGGCUAAACAUUUUUAAGUAAGUCCAUAGUUAAUAAAGUGAAAUGGUCACGAAGCCCAUCAGACUUAUCUGUUAUAUCUUUUUGUUAGCUUGUUUGGACAUGACGGUAUACAACGUUCAAUCGUUUUGAACGAACUCACCAACACGAGAAACGCCUCAUCAAUGGAAUAUAGAGUAAACAUUGUUAAAUCAAAUGUUUAGUUAAGGUAUAAACCACUGCAAAAACCGUGUACGAACAAUCUUGCUCAACGUCGGAUCCAAAAAGAUGGUUAUAAGUUAAAAUAUAAAAAUUGAAAACUUUACAGUCAAGAAGACUUUUGCAGGGACUGAUCAAACAACGUGAAAUAGACUUAAGUUGCGAUAUUUCGACUGGCCAAUACCAGUCUUCAUCAGGUUUAUUGAGAUAUUACGAAUUUACAGAAAUAUAUAUGAAGUAAAGUAAUGACCGGAAAUUACAUAAUAUGACGUGGAAUUAACUAUUGUUAAAUAAUACCAUGGUCAAUAGAGUGCAAUGGUUAAGAAGCCCGUUAGUCCUCUCUGCUAUAUCUUUUUGUUAGCUUUUUUCGACUUAAAGGUACAACGUUCAAUUGCAUUCCCAUCAUUUUGAACUAACUCACCAAAAGAAACGCCUCAUUAAUUUGCUCAGUCACAAUUUCUGAGCCAAAAAAAAAAAGAUCGCGCACGAUCGCGGAGCUUCCAAUAUAAACCUCAGUCACCGUUGUUUUCUUUUGAUUUUUGUCGGUCUUCAUAUAUAAUGGGGAAUUUUUAUUUUAAGACGGGGACGACUAUGAAAACGAGAUUUUCUCAAUACUAAGUAGCGCGCGCGUCAUUUUGGCGGGAAAACCUGAUAGCCGUAGUCAUUCUACUACCGUUUUUAGCGAGUCGUAGUGACGGAAACAAGUUAUCAAAUAUUAGAACUUUUAUCAUUUUGCGAUCACGAGAGGACUUAACCCCCGAAAUAGGAAUAACCGUAGUAACUAAAGUACAAUGAGGCUUUCCGGGGUGUAUAUUUUUCAGAAUACACGAAAAAACUUUUAUUUAAAUCUCCUCCUCGUCGGUUGUCGUCCUCACGCUCGAAUCUAAAGGUCUCUAAGUAUUCCCCUCUAGAAGCAAUUUGUACUGGCAAAAUUAACAAAGACAAUCCAAUGCCACCAUAGAUGCUGUCUCUACGAUUCACAGAAGCACAUUAGAAAAUUGCAUUCUAAGAAGUAACACAAUAAGGAAAUCACACAUACUGUUCUUUGGUUGCUGGUACACUUCGACGUAACGGCAUGUCAAUCUUCAAGCAUUCUUAGGCCACUUUUGCUGUGACUUUUUUGUAGCUUCGGAUUAGGAACCAGCAGAAGCCUCUAGGGUUGUAUGCUUCAGGAACCAGUCUCUGUAGCGUCAUCUAUGUUUCGUCCCGUAUGACGUUUCAGUAUAAAGUUUCUGGAACAUUAAUAUCAGUUUUCUUUUUGCGAACUAAGGCCUAGGCCAAACGUCGAACUUUUCAUGAGACGAACCAAACUCUAAUUUGGGUCGACCUAAAUUAUUAAGAUCGUCUGUUGGGUCAGACGUCGAACUUAGGAAGUAUCGAACCAAUCAACUGAAUGAGAUCAGUAAUAAAUUUUCUCUCAACGAGGCUAAAUUACAUUAUCAUACAAAUUUUUAAUUUAUUAGUUUAGUUCGUCGCAUGUGAAGAGCAACGUUUGUCCCGAAGACGAUCUUCAGACGUUCUGUCCGUCUGAAGCAGACGGGUAGAACGUGUUGGACGAUCCAAACUCAUUCAGACGUACUUAACUCACGAAGUUAGGUUCGUCUCAUGAAAAGUUCGACGUUUAGCCUAGGCCUAAGACUGCUAUCACCCUCGUAUCACACUUGUAUUGUAAACAAAAUAUGUAGUUUAUCUUACUUUGUGUCAUUACGUACCGUCUUUUCCAAAGGUGGCUAAAACGUGACCAGAUAGAACUUGGAGUCCACAUAGCGGAUGUGUCUCAUUUCGUUAAGCCAGGAUCGCUAACGGACGCUGAAGCAAGGUCCAGGUAUUAAUACAUACAUACAACAUACAUAAUCUUAUUUGCCUGGACAAACUAAAAAGUAAAAUUAUAAAAGCGAAUACCGAAGGCACAUGAUGCCGUAUAGUGAUACAUGCAGCAUUUUUUUUUUCCAUAGGUCUACUACAGUGUAUUUGGCAGAUAGACGAUUUGAUAUGUUACCAGAAGUGCUCAGUGCCGACCUGUGUUCAUUAAUUGGUGGCGUAGAUAGGUAAAUCUUUAGGUUUUCAUAUUGAACGGGGUUAAACAAGAGAAUGGAAUCCGAAAAAUAGGUAAAAGGGAUUAAGGUCAUCGUUUUUCUAUGUAUAAAGGUUGAACAUUUAGUUAUAAAGUUGUAUAAAAUUAUGAGAGUUUGAAAACGCAUACGUCGGGAGUGGCAGGCUCCGCCUUCCUGGGUUUUGUAGUUAAAAGGACAGAUACGGGCCUGCAGUGUUAUAUAAUUGGUGCAAGCUUCUACGUUGUCCCUGCAAAGGCGGGGGAACAUAAUAAAAUAAAGGAUCCAAUUUUAUUUUCAGGAAGAAAAUGAAAAUUCGUCUUCGCGUGUGUUUGCGUCCACCAUAAAAGGACUCAUCAGGAAGUUUUUCGUCUGAGUCGCACAGUGGGCGUCCAAGAAAUGUACCAAUAAGUGUGAUGUACGUGCAGAGCGGUUAUUUUGCCUACACGAACACAUACAAAAUGUUGUCGUCGUUGCCGUUGGCGCCGUUGUUGCUUAAGCUAUCAGCUGGGUCGCUGUCUCAGCUUUCCUUGAAUUCAGACUAGGAGGGUUGUCCUGGCCAUUUGACGUAAACUUACAACUGUUUGAAGCAAACACCUCGUACUAAAAAUGUGUAGUGGCUUGUGCCACACUUACCCAAAUAGAGCAUACUGCAGUGAGCCUCCAUAAGGCAGUGUCAAAUUCACUGACAGAACUUAAUGGGCCAGUUAUUUAAACGGUCUAACUUAGGCCGCGGUUCCAGAUCUCUUUCUUUGCGGGUUAAUUUAGGAAAAUAAGUGGCUUUCCAAUCUGCAAUAUAUACUUUAUUGAAAUUGUUCACGAUAAAUCUAGUUAAAAACGUCGGGCAAACCGAAAAUGUUAAACACGGGCUAAAAGUCCGUUUAAAUAACUGGCCCAAUUCACUGUAUGUUUGCCUUUAGAUACACUGUAAGUGUACUUUGGGUUUUGGAUAAGGACUACAAUGUUCUCAAGACCUGGUUUGGACGUACUGUCAUUCGUUCUUCCUACAAACUAUUUUACGAGGUACGGUCAGGAUAGGAGACAUCACUGUUUACCACCCUUUUUUUUUGUUAUUCAAAUUUGUGACGAGUGAAACGACAGAAUAUUUUGUUGUAAGUACCAAUGCGCUUCUUGUUAGCAUAUUGAUACAAAUGGGUGACUUCAGCUCGAGUAACGGGGAGAGGUCGUUUAUGUGUGAUGCUUACGACGAAUGCGUCUGAUGUCUGAUGAAGUUUAGCGUUGAUGUCGUUUUUUGUCAAAUAAUUAAUACGUUGCAUCAGUCAAGUUUCAAGUUUAUUGAUUUGCCACCAAACAAUUUUAACGUGUAACUGGGGUCUUUUUAUAUACUACUGUUAAGAGGUAAAGAUCUUAAUACUAUUAGUUUGAUUGAACGAAAAUUUAUUCACCAUUUGUUUGUUUGUUUGCUUGUUUAUUAUUUUUUAAUGAAUUCAAGGCAGCUCAGGCUAUUGCCGAUGGAGAGACCACAGAGGAGGAUCUCAUUAAUGACAUACCAGAGUUACAGAACGUGGAGGUCAAAAUAGCCUCAAAAAGGUGUGACAUGCCAUUUUUUUGCAUAUAUCUCUUAUCCCUACGCAUAGGUAUUUUUAGUUCAUCUCUCUACUCUCCAAAUGACAGAUUGGAAGACACUGCUGUACUGAGCAAGGUUAUCCUUUUGGCGCUAUUUGCCGUAGAACUUGCGUUACGCUGACACAAACCCCAAGUCCACAGACCUAUCGACGCAAAUUGCCUAGUAGUGCUGGAAAGCUCAUGGAUUUAAUUCCGCUGGUGACUCUUAUGGAACGCUGUUCUAAACCUGUUGUUGAACUUUACUGACAAAUUAAACACGGCUUAAAAACGGCACAUGAUGAUGAUCUAGUUAAGUGCGGCAUGCAACGUUAAGUUCUGCUUCUGCGCUAUCUUUCAUUGCAGCAGUAGUUGAUAGGGCUAUGGACAGAAAUGUUUAGCGUGAAGAUCUGAGAUAAGAAUGAAAUGUUUUGUGAGCAUGGAGCUUGCACUGUCAGACAAACUGCACCGGAAUAUUUAAAUGAUCCUCUACCUUUUUCUACUAGCAUUUGGGUGAAUGAGAAACCAUCUCUUUGUGAUGAUGAAAGUAGUUACGCAUAGAAACUCUACAAAGUUUCCGUGGAUUAUUCGGAGUUUUCAGCAUUUCCCAUUCAAAUCGUAACUUCUCUUUUUCCACAACCUUAGACAUCUUUCGUCCAUCUUCCUUCAUUACAAACAUUCUGAAAAUUGUUUUAAAAAAAUUUUGCCAAGCACUGCGAGCUAUUUAAGAUCAAAUAAAAUCUCGGCAAGAUUUUAAAGUAAAAGUGAUGUAAAAGUAAAAUAUCCGAAAAACAGGCUUUUGAUCUAAUUGUAUCGUUAAAGAAACGGCUAGAAACUACCUCUUUGUCCUCAGAGCAAUUUGAUUCUCGUCUGUAUUUAUAUUUGUAGAUAUUCUUUUGUUUUUCUUCUGGAGCUGUUCUUUUAUUUUAUUCUAUCAUCAUUAUCGUUAUCAUAAUCAUUCUUUUCUUUUUUAAGAUUAUCUGAAAUUCGCAGAUCGGUGCUGAAACUCAUGGAUAUAGCAAGAGUGAUUAAAGCUAGAAGAACUGUUCAUGGUGAGUUGUUUGCUUUGUGAUUAAAACUCCCCUCUCUUCAAGACUGCAAAACAAUUAUCGUAUUUUGGCGUUGUCAAGUAGAAGGUUUAGAGCGAACGUGAAAGCAGGGAAUGGAAGUGGGGAAAGAAGUACAAUUUCGGCAUUUCGCACCUUAACGGAAAGAAACUGAUCGUUUUGCGUUUCUUAAAAUAGGAAUAGCUAUUUUUACGAUGACGCCAUGUUAAUCCAAAUCCUAGAAUUCAUUUCCUCUUUACUUUCUUUUUCCAAUCUAGCAAUCUCGCUGAGGUUUAAGUACUGAUCCGUACAAUUCCCACAAGAUUGAACGAAAGACAUGAGGGAUUCUACUUUUUCAGAAAAAUGAUAUCAUUUUGAAAGUGACUUAUUUCAGUAAAGAGCGCACAUCACAUAUUAUUUUUUUUCGUUGUUUCCUUUCUUUGGGAGGCAGCGUGGCCGAGUGGUUAGAGCGGAGGCCCCAAGUUCAAGUCCCGCUCUGACCGCUAGCUGGAUUUGUUCACGGUAGUCCCAAGUUCAAAUCCUCCACCACGCUUGUAAAUAGCCAGCUGAUUUGCCUCCGGCCAGUUGGGAUUCUGAAUCCUGUUAAGUUUGAUUUAGAUUAUUUGUUACUGGCAUUUGCUGGCCCCACUAGCAUUAGUGCUAUAAAUACUGCCGAGGGCAAAUAACGGAAUAAUAAUAAUUAUUAUUAUCAUUAUGAUUAUAAUAAUAAUAAUUAUUAUUAUUAUUAUUAUUAUUAUUAUUACUAUUAAUAUCAUCAUCAUUAUCAUUAUUCUUAUUCUUUCUUUUCUUUCUUUUUCUUUUAUUCUUGUAAUAAGGUGCCCUGGAACUAGAGGGUGUAGAAGUUCAAGUCCAAAUUGGCGAUAAAAAGGAUAUAAAGAAUUUGAUUCCUAAAAAGGUAAGCAAGGUUAUCAUGCCUCAAAGAAUUGCACCCCGGGUUGAAUGAUUCGAGUGAAAAAGAAUCUAAAACCUCGGUUUAGAAGCAGUAAUAAAAACGCACAGAACCGAGCAUGGUCUGUUCUCUUUAGGCAUGUAGCAGAAUUUAAGCCUCUAGUGUUUCGUUAUAUUGUCACUUAAAGACAAAGGCCCUGAGAAUAAUAAGUCAAAAUGUUCUCCAAAGAUAUUACCUUGACUUUUAAGCAAAUUAUUCUGACUAGUUAGGGACGUUCGUGCCUCUCUUCUCAAUGAUACGGACACCGUUUUAUAAAGGACUGUUCUUGAGGUCCCAAAGAUACCGUUACCGUACAGGCAUCUCUUUUUUACGGAAAAUUGUCUUGCUCCCAAGGAGUCCAAGCUUAAUAUAACUCUUAUUUUCUGGGCCCUCUAUUAAGGACUAUUCCCUUAGCCCCAAAGAUACUGAACCUUAUACAGUUCCUGACACCAUAAUACGAACUAGCGUCUUUAUUUGGGGCAGUCCUCUUGGUGCCAAAGACACUAAUCAUCAUGCAAUGCCUAUCUCCAUAAUGCAGACACCUUUAUUACCGACAGUUUUCUUGGUCCCAAGAAACCAAACUUAACAAUACGUCGGACACCUAUGUAAAGCGGACGCCUGACUGUGAUUCUUUGAUACCCGUAUUGAGGAGGUUUGAGUAAUUGAAGUUAUGUGUACUGCACAUCAAAACUGACUAUGUAAAUUGCGUCUAUUUCAUUCAAAACUCUGAACUCGAAAGUCGAGGUGUUUUUCAGUGGCGGAUGUUGCAUUGUGUAUUCUGUGUAUUCCGUUUCUAGCUUUCAACAAGAGAAUUUGAAAGUGGAUUGAUAGAAUUUUAUAUAUUUGAGGGGGAGAAAGAGUCAACACACAAAAAACGGCUUGGAAACUAAAAUUUCGAGGACGUUUUUGGACUUUUUACAUUCAGGGCAUGAAUUUUUCGUCAUUUCAGGCCAUGGAACCUCAAAAUGAGCCUAGCUAGCUGUAAAAAGGGGCAAUACGGAGGAAAUGCGUCCUAGCCGGCAUGAUCACAUGCUGUUUACGGAAAAUUCUCUCAUCCAUGUCAGGAAAUUCUGUAUUUUAAAGCCUCCCCUAGGGCAUGACUCAGCAACUAAGGACAUUUCUGCUACGUUUUCAAUGUUGGUUAGUAGUCAGGAAGCAGUGUCACGCAGGGCGCUCAUUUUUCAUUUUCGCUAAACAUUUUGAGUAGAAGUAGGCAACAUGCCUUAAAAUCUUCAUCUUGCCAUCCUGAUUAAGAAUUGCGCUGUUGCCCACUCCAAAUGUUAUGAUAUCUGUCAUUAAGCAGGUUUUUUGUCUAGGCCCUCACUCUUGCAGCAUGAAAACGAGGCUGAACUGUAACAUUUAUAUAAACCCAAUAAAAAGUGCACAAUACGAUGGGGAAAUAGCUGAAUCUUUAUUACUUGAUGUUUAGAGCUCGAUAAACAGUAGUGUGGGAGAUAAAAUGCGUCACGUGAUCAGUUAUGAAGAGUCACGUGACUUUCCAAUAAAAUCGACUCUAAAGCAUAAAAGACGUUUCUCAUUUCGAUUUACAGAUCCAACAAUAAAAACACAAAAGUGCAAUAGGUGAUCAGCUAUAAUGGGUCACGUGACUAGAUAGCAACCAUUGAAUAGAUACUGAAUUAGCCUUAGCUGUGUGAAUAGCGUGAUUGAUUAAUUGUUUCAGUAAGCUCUUCAGGAAUUAUUUUCUAUUAGAAAUAAAAAAAACUUUGUUUCAUGGGGUAAAUAUCUGCUUCAAUCUGUCGGAAACGUUGGUAACUAAGUUUACGACUGGGAACGACGAUGAUGCAUUAGUAGAUGCCCCGACUAGCAAUGAGCUUGUUAAUGAAGUUGGACAAGCUGCACGUAUCAUCAAAGCUUUUGAUGCCGCACAUCAUGACAACCUCUCGUUGUUACUGGAGACAAUACAUGAAACUGGUGUUCAUCUUACUGAGGUUUACGCGUGCGAUCCGGGAAGGGAAGUGGGAUCUGUCUUUACUGCGCGCAAUGUUUUGCUGUGUCCGAGCCUUUAGGGUGUUUAUCUGGCUCAAUCAAGUAGUUGAUCUCUCUUCGUUCUCCGAAAUGCUACCCUAUUUUGCAGCUUUCGACCACUCGAAUUACACCAGAUGGGGCGUCAUAUUUCUUGCAGACAUGAAGAUGCUUUCGCAGACUGCCCCUGAGGUCUAGCCUCCUCCGCAGACAUUCUUAGGCGUGCGUCACGGAAGGAACGCGUGACGCACGCCUAAGAAUGUCUGCGGGGGAGGCUAUACAAGGGUUGACCUGCUAUUUGACAGAUAUGUCAAGAACUCAAUAAAAGGAGGAACCAGAGACAAGCGCAAGGACAAAAAGAGUACAGGGAUUAGGCGCAAUUUGGAUAACAGAUAUUAGGGAAUUGGAAACUGGGAAAGGUUCAUCAUUCUAGAAGAUAACAAGACUAGCCUACCUCAUUUCCUCUCGACUGAAAUCUCGGAGAGUUACAGCGCGCCUCCUGGGCGAGAGCUGGUGAUCAAUGGAGGCUUCAAGGAUACAUACUGAAGGUGUGGUCAUCUGACACAUCACGACAAGAUAUAAGAGAGCUCUCAUCAGAUCAUGAGGAGGCAGAUACUAGAAUAGUACUGCAUGCCCGAGACGUAGCAGCAAGAGGGUACAAGCAAGUCAACAUUUUGUGUCGUGAUACGGACGUUCUUGUCCUCCUUUUGGCACACCGAGAGCAGCUUUGUCAAGAGAUAUGGAUGUUUGCGGGUACAUCAAGACAAAGGCGUUACAUACCAGUUCACAGAAUCCCGCUCUCCGAGGAGAAGAGGAAGUCGCCUCUGGCAUUUCAUGCCAUUACUGGCUGUGAUUCGACAAGCCAGUUCUAUGGUGUGGGCAAGACUUCGGCAUGGAAAGUCUUCGAAGAUGCACCUGACCUCUUGGAACACCAUGGAGAAGAAAGCCAAAUCAGUGCUGACGUUCUUGCCAAAGCUCAAGCCUUUGUAUGCAAACUCUACAUCCGGGAACACAAGAGGUGGGAAAUCAACAAAGAAAGAGCAGCAGCGUUUCGCAAAUCCAAGAAAGAUCUCGACGCCCUACCUCCGACUCAAGAUGCACUGAUUCUCCACACAAAGCGGGCAAACUAUCAGACCAUCGUAUGGAAUAAAGCGCUGGAACCAUGUCCUUCUCUCCCAAAGCCUGAAGACAGCGGAUGGUACUACAGUGAAGGCCUUCUGAAGCCAAAGUUAAUGACACGAGAAGAAGUGUCAGAGGCGUGUUUACAGUUAGCAUACUGUGAGUGCUCCCGAGAAGGCGGAUGCUGUGUAAACCGACGCUGCACUUGCGUUAAACUAUCUCUUUGCUGUUCCAAGGCAUGUAAAUGUGGCGACAGGUGCAGAAACGACAGGAACACUGCAGCAGAGGCGAAUGAAGCAUGACCUAUAACUUUGAUAAGGUGGAAGUCACAUGGUGGUCUUGUGUAAUAUAAGAUACUUUGCUUAUGGUUUAUAAGCUUGUAUUUCUGGCUUAAACCGUGCGGCCAAGUAGAAGAAAGUUCAGUCUUUUUACAUGAAAAAUCCUAACUCAUGGGAAAUGUUACAUAGGUUGGAAACGCUACAGAAUGACUGAAAAUAGAAUGAUUUCAUUACAACACGUGACCCAUCAUAGCUGAUCACCUAUUGCAUUUUUGUGUUUUUAUUGUUGGAUCUGUAAAUCGAAAAGAGAAACGAAAGUAAGUUGAAAACUUUAUUAAAGGAAAGUGUGAAUAGAGCGUCUUUUAUGCUUUAAAAUCGAUUUUAUUGGAAAGUCACGUGACUCUUCAUAACUGAUCACGUGACGCAUUUUAUCUCCCACACUACUGUCUAUCGAGCUCUAAACGUCAAGUAACAAAGAUUCAGCUAUUUCCCCAUCGUAUUGUGCACUUUUUAUUGGGUUUAUAUAAAUGUUACGGUUCAGCCUCGUUUUCAUGCUGCAAGAGCGAGGGCCUAGACAAAAAACCUGCUUAAUGACAGAUAUCAUAACAUUUGGAGUGGGCAACAGCACAAUUCUUAAUUAGGAUGGCAAGACGAAGAUUUUAAGCUAUGUUGCCUGCUUCUACUCAAAAUGUUUAGCGAAAAUCGUUUUUUGGCGAGCUGCCUCCUGACUAUAGCAUGCAAGGAUUUUUCCCAUGCCUAUCGUCAAUGAUUUGCUCACUGGUAAUAGAGGGGGUGGCCCCAGGGUGGUUUUGCAUUGAAAUUGGCAUGCAACAGAAUUUCGCAUGCCCUGUAAGCACAAUUUGAGGUUCUGUGACCUUCUCACCCAGGCCGCGAGAAGCCUAGGUUCUAGUAAUAAGUAAUUCAUACCCAGCAAAAUCUCCGGCAUGCCGGGCAUGCCACAUUCUCUGACAUGCCCGGCAUGACAAAUUCUCUAGCAUGCCGGGCGUGCCAUAAUCUGGGUCAUGCCGGGCAUGCCAAAAUCGGUCUCUGGCAUGCUCUCAACGCACAGGUUAUAAUUCCUUGAAUCUACAGAUAUUUUAAGCCUGGCUAAAAAAAAAACUAAACAGAUCACCGUGCUUAUCUUUUGAUGUACGGUUACACGAUGACGUCAUUGCUAUUCCAUUUGGUUGUCCCAGCGAGGUUUAAAUAACAAAAGCUCUAAUUUUCACAAGAAAGUAAAACUCUGAGGGAUUCUGCCGUAGUAAUAAAACAGCGUCAUCGUGGAGAUGACCUGUUGGGGGAUUGUAAAAACUCCUCACCCCUUUUAAUGAGUCUUUAAUAGGAUUCCCAUUUCACAUUGCGAAUAAAAUGGAAUUGACUGAAAUCAGUAAAUAGAGAAAGAGACACUAUUUUCAUUGUAUAAUAAAAUGCGUCUAUGUUCCGUGAAAGCUUUUAAAAAUACAAGGUUAUAGAAUAUCUUUCAAAGUUCAUUACAAACUGAGCUAAGCCCCAAAAUCAUUGUUCAUUAUUCAGUAAAUUAUGAUGUUUGACAAUGCAAUGUGCUUGAAUAUAACGUUGCAAUUACAAAUCUCUCUAAAGCAAAUUUCCCUACGUUAGAAAAGCUGUUUUUAUCUUGUUUCACAUUUUGAUAAGGAGUCUGAGUUCCUCUUUCUUGUUUUGUAGGCUUGCCUGGGAUUGUUGUUUUUGUGUCAUUACUAGUGUCUGUUUUCUCUGUUUUUAACUCAAAGUAAGUCAGUAAUAACUGACAGUAUCAAAGAAUUGCUCUCUAGAAAAGUAAUUAUCUCCUCGUCAUGUCUGGAAGUUACCUGUAACAAAAAAGAAAUGGAAUGUUAACACAUGCAAGGGCAAUAUGAGAAAAAAGAAAAAGAACAUGUAGAGCUCAGCUUCUCUUAACAUAUUUUCAUACUGGCUUGUUGAGUCUGUUAAAGGUCACAACUAAUUGUCUGAGGCUAAUUUCACAAGAGUGUGCAAUUGAGAUAAAUGCAUGGUAAAUAAAGUGAAAGAAACGUGGUUUCACAUUAGCCAAUUUACAUUGCGUUGUUCGAUGAUGUUUACACGCUCUUCUACUGCGAAAUAAACCUUUGCAUUUGGAUUUGCAAGUCAAGAUUAUACCGAGUUUGCUGGCUUAAUUGAACAACAGUUUCAUUUUUAAGCAGGUAAGGUGUAGACCCAUAUAAAGCCGAAAUAUGUAAAGGAAACUCAGCGAAAACUUUUUCGCAUCUUUUUUCUGGCGAUAUUCUCUCACGGCCCGUCAACUGAUUAGGGGAUGCGAAAAAAAAAUAAAUUAGGACCAAAGGUUAAAGCCUGUCCGGUUACACCAUUUGGUAUGUUACCUAGAGUUCUAAUAAAUAGGUCAUAAAAUAGGAUUUAACGAGAGCGAAUUUGUUUCUCAAUCGGUGUAUAAAAAAGUGAAGCUAUCAAAUGAGAAGUUUAUAGAGUAUCAAAAUUAUUAAAGUAAAAGCUCAUAUAAUUAGGAAAAUUCCUAUACGAAAACAAUGCUAGUGACAUUAAAUUGAUAAGAUAAAAUUCUGAGAAAAUAUGUCGAAUAAAAGCCUCAUUGUUUGCUUUUGUUUUUGCGUAAAGGUAAAUUUUUCGGCCCACAAAGCAAAGUUGAAAAAGCGACUAAAUCUUAGUUUUUUACAUUGAACAUGUUUAUUAGCUUAGUUUUCGUCCGUUUUAAAAGCUUUAUAACCCAGUCAUAAUUUUCGGGUUAAAAUAGUACAAAAUCAUUUCAAAAACCAUGUUCAUUUAAAGUAGAGCCAGCAAACGUGAACAUUUUGUAAUUCAAAAGUCGGACCCAGCCAGGUUGUUUAAGCUUAGAAUUAUUUGCAUUUUAGCGUCCUAUAAAUUUACCAGAAUCGCCUCUCAGAGGCUUACUGUAGCAAAGCAUUUUGUAGUACACUCGUAGACAAGCAAUGUAGGCCUUAAGUCUUUACUUGGAUGAGAUGUCCAAAAGAAAAAUUAGUUUUGUGGACCUAAACGCACAUUCACAGACUGCUUAUAUUGAGUUGUUUACAACUUUGCAUUGACACCUGCAGCAUGUUCAUUUUUAUAAAGCGAAAUCCAAAUCUGAUUUUGCCAUUUGAUUUACGGAUAUUUUAUUUUGUCUCCAAAAGUGAUUGUAAUAUCCGUUUGAUUGUCUUUCGAACAACAGUCAAACUAUGCAGCAAAAAUAAGUAACUUUACCAGUACAGUGAAAAAAUAUGACCGUAGGUGCCAAAAAUAAUUAUACUCGAGCUAUAAAAUUAGAUCUGACUUUUUUUAGCUUUGGUUUCUUUAUUUUUGAGGUUUUCUCUAGUCUUCUUAGCAGCAGAAGAAGAUUACAAGACAUACAAACAGAAACAAUCCGAAGUGAACGAGUUGACAACCACUUAUGACACUUUUGCCGGAGUUCUUAGGCAUGCUCAACAGUAAGAUAAACUGAAUGCCAAAAGACUAAUUCACGGGAUUUGUUCGAUAUUCAGGCUUUUUCUUUACCAAAUUAAUACUAAAUUUGUACUUACAGUCUCUCGCAGAAUCCAUUUCUUGUCCAGCUUUCACCAACAUCUCAACCAUGCACCGCAGAAAAAAAAAGACAAACAAAUGCGAAGAGACAUGACGACAUCGUGACGCCACAACUGCCACGCUACAACAAACUAGAUUCAUCGUCAUCCGAAAACACUUCUGCGGAAAUUCGGCCGAUUUCGUGCGUGCUCGGGGUAUCUUCGGAUGACGCAGAUGACGUUGCUCAAAGGACUAUCGUCAGCAAGGACUAAAACAGUUUGCGAGAUUCGCAUAGCCGACAAGGAGCGCACUGAAAAACUAAGCAAAAUCUCUCUGAGAAGGCAGUCCAAAUUCACCAGAUCAGAACGUCUUUGCAGUAUUAACGUCGUACUCUCGUACUGACUUGAACGACCUGGUAAGCUUAAUUUUCACCAGUCUUUUAUGCUGUUGACCAGGAAACAUUCCGACGCGAUAAAACCUAAGCAUGGAUAAGUUUAUACUGAGAAGAUUUGUUAUCUUAUUGUUUAAGACGCUUUUCCGCGAUCAACUUUAAAUCUGGACCCAGAAAUGUCAAUAUCGGUUUGAAAUAAAAGGAUUAAUCUUUGAUUGCAAGUUAUGUAUUCUAUUUUAUGCAUGAAUAAUGUUGUUUUGUUGAACUUUUUAUUUAUAAAUCCAGGCUUCUGUCUUCAGUUUUGCCAGUCGAUCCCGUGACACACAUUGUGACAAACAUGACUUUUUUUGUUAUAAUCUGCAUUUAUUGCCAGGCAUGAAACCUGUAACUUUAAGCUCCCUAAGAUAUAUUUGGCGAUUAUAUGUGAUUCUCAGGAUAUGAUGCUCAAGCGAACAUCAAAAUCAGUCUCGCUGGGCAUGCCAAUUUCUUGCCUGUCAUGCCGGGCAUGCCAAACCAAGUGGCUUCAUCAUCGGCAUGCCCGGCAUGCCAAACCAGAGGAGCAAAAACUGGGAAUGAAUUAUCAACCCGGUGAGAGAUCUGGGACCUAAGUUUAGCUGGGUCAAUUUUGGGCUGCGAGGGCAUGAAUCCAUUUUUUCCAUGCCUAUGAGAUGUUAUUUCUAAGUACCAAUGUUCCCUUGAAUUUUGUCAUGCCUAAAUAUAUAAAAUUUUCCCUCUCUCAUUAAUCCUCAGACUGGAUGCGAUUUUUACGCUCGCUAGGCAAGUUCAACUGAAAAUCAUGCCCAUACCCUUAUUCAAAACAAAAUGCUAUCAAAUUUUAGUUUCCAAGCCGUUAAAAGAUCAAAAGGUCAGAAAAAUAUACCCGGAUUAAAAUUUAACUCUGGGUUAGCGCUAAUCGGCCUUCGAAGACUGAUUCCUGGAGAUAAGGAUUGCCGGAUCCUUUUGUCACCGGCAAUUGCUCUUGCCGCUUUGCUUACUUUUAUUUGAAACGCUAUAAUCUGGCCUUCUCUUUGUUUUUCAGCCCUUAGAAAUCCAUGAAACGGUUGCAGAAUGUAUGAUAUUCGCCAAUCACUGGGUUGCAAAGAAGAUUGCUGAAAGGUUUGCCAAUGCGGCUUUGGUAAGAAUCCUUCAAAUAUGAUUUGCCAAACAAUUACUGCAAAACAAAAUGGAAGACUAAGGGCGAUGUUUGUUUGACCGUGAAAUGAAUGCGCCUGAGCAAAACUAAAACAACAAACGAACAAGAAUAUUCUUGGUUUGCAACCACGUGACAUGGCAGCCAUGUCCGCUUACGGCCAUGUCGGUGGUCAAUACAAUUAAAAAUAUUCAGAGAAUUUAUAUAGUUCCCAGAGGAUAGAGAUGUAUGUAUGGUAAGAUCCUCUCUGUAUCAGUCUUCCAGUCCAAUUCGUGGUUUUACCAUGUAAUUAUAAGUAGCUCAUUCUUUUGAACCUCACAUUGUUUCACAUAAACCUUGUGCUGGCCUAUCAAGACUAAACUGCAGUAAAAACUCUGCUGUCGACUACCUUCCAUCAGCGAUCACUUAGUCAUGGUCGCAGUUGGACAAUUUUUCUUGUUUGAAAAGUACUGACCGGAGGUUCGAGUUUUUACAUGUCAAGUUUUAGCAGGCCAGGUAGAGAAAGGAGGUUUCUUAUCAAUUACCUGUAAGUUCUCGUCUAUGUUUGGAAAAAGUGGCAUACAAAGUAACAGUGUUUUAAACUUUUCUUUCUUUCUCUCUCUCUCUCUCUUUUUAGUUGCGUCAUCAUCCGUUACCAAGGAAACAACAUUUCGCAAACCUCGUUCACUGUGCAGCUUCUAAAGGAUUUUCAAUUAAUACAAAGUAAUGUGCCUCUUUCGUAAUAAACUGUUUCUAGUAUAAUUGGAAAAUGCCCCGGAAAAUAAAAUUAGAAAAACGAAAAAAACAAAUUGGACUAGAAGCCAAGCAGUCCAUAAGUUCGAUUUCCAACAGAAAUUAUAAAAAAUAUUGUGUCCCCUCUACAUGUCGUUGUUUGUUCAUAUGUUUGUAUUUCUUUUUCUCUUUCUCAAGUUUUUCUUUUUUGCACAUUAACGCCGAGUUUUGUUUUUAUUCUUAAGUGUGGUUUUAUGAUGAAUAAUUAUGAGUUGUCUCAAAAUGUGUUCAGACGAUCGAGGUGGUCAUACGCAAAAUCCGGGCCAUUUCUGCUAUUACGGUAGAUCUGUAUUUAACAAUUAUUCCUCGAGCCUGAAUUGGUUCUGAGUCAAUAGCCCAUGAGGCCGAAGGCCGAAUGGACUAUUGACUCAGAGGCCAUGAGGGCGAGAGGAAUAAUUGUUUUAGUAAAAUCCAACUAGUUGGUCAAAAAUAUCGAGAAUAAAAAUCUUUUAGCUAGUUAAACCUAGACUUUAAUCCUUUUUGCCACCAAAAAUGCGGCGUUUUUCGCGACUAGUGGGCUAUUACAUAUAGCCUAGUAGUAGCUCAACCAAUCAGAACGCAGCAUUGAUGAUAGACCACUAGUUGGAUUUUACUGAUUAGAUUUAGCCAAAGCUAGAAGCAGAGCUCUUAUUAGUCUUCUUUAAAUGCUUAUCGUUAACGUCAAGUAAUAAACUUGGAACCACGCCAAAGAAAUCCACCUAUCCUCACUUAACUUGAGGUAGGGGUUGGGUAAUUUUAGAAAACGAAAAAUCUGCAAACAAACCUCAAACAAGCAAUAGUCUUGUCGAAACACCAUAUUGCGAUGCGGGGUGGAACGGGACGAUCCGGUCCGAAUGGGGGCGUAUAAUCGCCCCUGUAGUCUCGAACGUCCCACUUGUCCAACGACUUUCCGGACGAUUAUGUGAAAACCUGAGACUAAAAGUUUACAUUUAUGUGCUCUUUCACGAGUUCUACCGUCUCAUGUUUUUGACUACGGAGAAAGUCGUGUUGAUUACCAAUGGUCCUUUUUCCUUUUUAGCUCGAACAAAUCACUGGCAGACUCGCUAGACGAAUGUGUCGAUGCAAAGGAUCCAAACUUUAACAAGGUAGGAUCAUAGUUAAUUGAGUAGAAUGGUUAUGAAACCCGUCAGACUCCUUUGUUAUAUGUUUUUGUGGACCUGAAAGUGCACAACGUUCGAAAGAAUUCCUAUCAUUUUGAUUGUAUUGACCAAUAAAAACGUUGCAUUAAUUUAUUCCGUAACAAUUUGCCAACAGAAAACAAAGGAUUGUGCACUUUCAGGGUGCUUCCAACAUAAACUGCAAAACUGUUGUUUUUAUCAUUGAUGUUUGCCGCUUUUCAUAACCAGUCUCCUCUAAUAACUAUGGUAGGAUCAACAAACUGCCUCCGUUUGUACCCAAAAUUGCAAAGCCAGCCAAUAGGAUUGCCUAAAAUCUUUAUCGAUUAGCUCUUCUUCCAAGCCGACCAAUCAGAUUGUACAAAAUCUGUAUCGAUUUAGAAUCGAUUUGCUUCCUCUGAAGAACGUUCCUUGCCAAAUUUGUCGCGCUAGAGUUUUCCCACUCGUGGUUUAGGAUGGCUUGUUAACCAGCUAAAUCCUUCGGGAUACUGGCAAGUCACGAAAGGCGACCUAAACCAAAUUAUUUCUUUCCUUCAUGAUUCUUUUUUGUUGAGGUCUAGCUUUUUCAUAAGGUUUUAGUAGCGUCUGGUUGCGGGCCGUGAUUUCCGAUGGAUUUUUCUAUUCGGAGUUCGCCAGUUUUUACCGAGCACAGCCAGAGUUCAGUUUUUUUCUUUUCUUAUCGAAAACCCCUUUACUUUUCUUUACGAAAACCCCUUUAUUGUCCUCGUCGAUCGACAACUCGCUUUCGGCAUGGAUUGGACUACUGGAUGGGACACGGAUCGGGAGUGGACCUUAGUAAACUUAUUAUACCUUGGAAUCAGGGAUAAUCAUUGGAACUAUGUUAACUUUGAGACCUUGGAAACACAAUGCAAUUAAUUUUUAACCGUAUCAAGAGCAUCUUGGAAUAUUAAACUUUCAUCUUGGAUUAAAACAUUGGAACUUUAUCGAACUUUGUAACCCUGGGUUCGACCCUGGAUAAAGCAAGCGGAUGUUUUAUUUUGUUUUGUUCCAUUAACCUAAAACUACAAUGUUUAUUUCUCUUUGAAAAAGUUACCUGUGGUAACUUACUACCAAGAUAUGAUGUAUCUUUAUACAUAUAGUUCCUGUUCAGGUUAAUCAGAGAGCAUUAUGCGCAUGUUCUCCAUUACUUGUUCCGUUAACAUUCCAAUUUAAGUGUGUUUGGAUGCAAAAUAACUUCUUUUCCUUAUCCAAAUCGUGCUACGAAAAUAACUACAUAGUGAUAGAUCAAAACAAGAUCAACUCCAUCCUUGCGACCACUGACAACUAUAAAUUUAGCUUGCGUAACAGGUGUCGAGAGGGGUAGGGGAUAGGCAGGAAGCAAAAAGGGGAUGUGGAUUGGGGAGAAACAGUAGCCUGCCACGCAGGCUACUAUAAAUUCAGUCAUAAGCACAUUAAACCAACCCAUACAGGUAACCUACUCAUCGAUGCUCAUAACAUGACAUAUCUUUGCGGGUUCCCUAAUUUUUCCAAAUUCAGAUAGAACACCAUUAUGCUUCCAUGGACCAACGCAUCCCACGGAAACGACUUUAGGCGUCUUGUUUUUCUUUUUUUGCGGUUCCUCGCCCUCAAUAACGAAAUUAACCAAGGAUCUAAGGAUAGACUAAGGUUUGCGCUGACUCGACUGUGAUAAGCACUGUAAUUUCGCGACGAGAACGGGGGAUCGCGUGAACGAUUUGAAACCCAAGAAAUCCAGUUUCUAACUUUUCAUAUUUAAAUGAGUUCGUUCUUGGGGUUUGUCAUAAAUUGACCUUCAGUGAUAUGGUUAUGUAUUAUUAUUUAUAUAUUUUUUUUCGUGCUCCCUGUAGAUUAUUCGUUCCCUUGCUACUCAAGCCAUGUCAAAUGCCCUUUACUUCUCUACUGGCUCCUUGUCUCCAGAAAAUUUCUUUCACUAUGGUCUUGCCUUGGAUCGCUACACACAUUUCACCUCACCGAUUAGGAGAUAUGCUGAUGUUAUUGUGAGUCCCUAACGUUUUUAAUAUUUCUUUAUUCGUUAUUUGUUUAUUUGUUUCAUUGUUUGGGUAGGGUUGAAGUUUCUCAAAUGACAAUAGGCCAUUUGCACGAUGACGUCUCUUUACCAUUAGGGACAUUAAGCAAGGACGACGACGACGGCAGUGAAAACGUAUAAAAAAAUGAAUUUGCGUUCUUUCAAACUUAAUCGCGUCUAUUUGGACCCGCUCAAUAUGUCAAAUGCAGGCGACUUUUCCUGGAGUUGAAUUCUUAAGGAUUUUAUUCGGGUUUAAAAAAAAAGGAAGGAAAAUUCGUCAUCGUAUGUCCACGUGCUCCAUAAAACGUCAAAUUAGGAGGUUUCACGUCGUAGUCGUGCAGUGGACGUCAAAGAAAUGUACUAAAAAGCGUGAUGCAGGUUUGAUCAUGAAAACCUAUUGUUUUUUUGAAGUCGUCGUUGUGGUCGUCUUCGUAGUUGCUUAAGCUCCCUACUAAGACCAGAACUCAUUGGGUGGUUCCUUCCAUAUUUGAUUUUAGUAAUCUCAGUGAGGUCUAGAUAACAAAAGCCGUAAUUUGCACAAGAAAGCCAAAUCUUAAACGAUUGUGGUUGUAGUAGUAAACAAAAUGACGCCAUCGUGCAAAGGGCCUAUUCGCAAAAACUCUGACGUGCAGCUGGGUACUUACCAGUUACAUGGAAAAACCGGAAAAUCCGGUUGGAAAAUCAAAUGGCUUGCACCAUCCCAUUUGGGAAGCUGUGCUUUGAUUUGAAGUGGUGCAUUUUUUCACUCUUUUUAGUCUGUUUAGUUUUGGAUAUACUUUGUUAAUUGUAGCAGGUCGCUCUCCCACCUCGUCAAUGUUUUGUAGUUUUAUGUUUUAUGCACGAGAAUUCCACCCAGGUGAUUUGUGUUAGUGGUAAGCAUCCCCGGAUAUGUGCUUAGCUUUUUUCUUCGGUGUAUAACAGUAAAUCCCAAUGUUCAGCGGAGCAUUAUCCUAAAAAAUACUUUCCUGUGUCGCUCUUUGGCAUGAUUUGAGAUGUUAUGAAUAUUGUCUUUUUUCUAGGUUCACAGACUAUUGAUGGCUGCUGUCGAGAGUGACGACGUUGCUAAACUCCCAAACAACAAGGAACUGCAAGAGAUUUGUCAUCAUAUUAACGUUAAGCACAGGGUAUAUAUCAGCUCUCACUUGUUUUCGUUAGCUAGCCAUGCACUGAGUUACCAUUAGUAUUAAAAAAAGAAAAACAUCUCUCAUACUUUGAAAUUUGUAGCAACAUAAAGAAAAGAGUAUAGACCACUGGUUCAAGGUUUCACGUCACCGUCAAAAAUUUCCAUUUCGUAAGCGGGCGCUGCCAUUUUCAAGACACUUAGGAGGUUUUUUACCUGUUAUUGAGAGUGUUUCUAUCAAAGAGAAAGAAGAUCGCAACCUAAGGUCAAACCGGACCUCGAACCCGGACCUUUUGUAUCCCAAUUUCUCUCCCUUACCACUUCACUACGACACCGACCCGCCAAAAUUCCGAAAAUUUGGAGUCCAUACACUAGCAAACUGUCUUAAGUUUCUUAACUGACACAUCAAUGGCAGGUGCCCCUAGUCCUUUCCAUAAUUUUUAACGGAAACUGAACUUGUGCUAAGCUUCAAAGUCGUUCUCUCUAAGACUAUUAAAAAACGUAUUAUUUGCUAUAUUGUAACUUGAAUAUAGUAGAGCUAUCUUGACUAAAGGUAGAUCUUUAAAAAAGGCAACGACCGUUUGCGAAGUGUAAUAGGCGUCACCUUCUGCAAGCUAGAUUCUCUUGUCUGAUGUACGCACAGCACCAACUAUGUCUACUAUUCACUCUCGCAUACGGCCCUAUAUUUCCAAAACUGUAAUUAGACGGUUAAAAACUUGAGUCGUGACAAUACAUGUUAGGAGUUAUUACUUUUAAAAGAUAUCGCAGUCAAAUGAGAUAAAACCGAUCAAAUAAGAUUCAUUAGUACUUCCUCUAAAUACCCAAGCAAGUAUAGUAGAUAUUGCUGUACGCCAAAAACGUGUUACAUAAACGACCUUUCUUUUUAACUUGCUCUUCUUCAAGGCUGCCCAAAACGCUCAAAAGGAAUCUGUCGAUCUUUUUCAAAGCAUCUUUUUUCAAGACUUACCAGAAGAUGACGAUAGAAGAAACUGUGACGCCUUAAUUUUUAGUCUCAGAGCCAAUGGCGUUCUUGUGUUUGUUCCACGGUAAGUAGUCAUUUUGAGUCUGAUGAGUUACAGUUUCAAGGUUUGCCGUUUGACUUCCCUGUUCCAGGUUGGAUAACAUUAUCCGCGUUUUGGGAAAACCAUGGCCAAUUGCGUUAUCCAAUGGAUAGUGGUUUAUCCAGUGGAUAACGUUAUUAUUACUUGAACAACUGGGGCAAUACGAAAAAGAGCAAUUAAGAACUCUGAUAUGUUGUCUUAAAACUUUAAGCUACUUUAAAAUAUACUUGCCUUUUUCUCUUGUAUUAUUUUGUUAUUGUUAGACCAUUUUCACAGUAACAGUAAUCUAUUACAACUACCUUGAUGUCGGGCUUUGUAGGCUAUGUAUGUAUUUGUUUGUUUGUUUGUUUGUUCUGUUUUUGCAAGUUAGAGCUGCUAAAAUGCGUAAAUUCAUUGGUACUACAAAAUUUGAACAAAAAAGGCAUUGCGAAAUAGUUUCUGGUAGCUGUGCGCACUGAAAUUUUAAAACGGCCUAUGACGUUCCCCUUUUUUCUGUAUUAUGCUAUUAUCUCUAUUUCUGAAAGUAUUUUAUUUGCAUUUCUUUUCAUUGCCACUUUUUCUGCGCAUAGUGGCAGGAGGUUGGGGAGUGUUAAAUCCCAAAGCUGAGAUCUUUACCCAGAAUAUGAUUCUGAGUAAGUGUACUGUUUACAUUAAUGCUCUCUGCUUCUCUUUGACAGUUACAGUUUAAAAGGUCCAGUAUAUCUUAAGGACAAAACAGGACAAGUUGUAACUCCUCAAGAAGAUUUUGUUGUCUUUGGCCCUGGUGAGUACUUUCUAGAUAUUAAACGUUUCAGAGCAAAAACUAUUAGCCCUAAGGUUGAUUUCCCGGGCACUGACAAGUUUUUAGCUACGCACGUUAACGCACAUAAAUUUUAAUCACUUAAAUAAAAUAGAGGCAAGAUAAAAAGUGCUGAGCUUAAACGAGAAGUCGAGCGAGGUUCAACUUUUAUGUUUACGAACCACGUUUCAUGCAUUGCCUCUAUCUUAUUUCCGAACGUAAAUUUUACGCACGUGCACUGGAAAUCAACCCUUAGCUGAAGUAAACGUGUCGGUUAAUGGGUUAAGGAACAGAAAUGUCACCAAAUUUACCUUCGUUCAAGCUACUGAAGCUUAUGGCACCAUGCUGUUAAACCAUGUGUGUGCUAAAUGCUUAAAGGCCAUUGUGAGGUCGCGGUUGUAUGUUUUGAACUGCAUUCUAUGCCACGAAAUGAGUUUACUGUGACUUAAGACUACGGUAUACGGACCGGAGGCACAUUGUGUUCCCCCAUUCUCACCGUCACACACUCAAGGAGGUACAUUGUACGUGCAAAUGGAAGGAUCCUUCAAAAAGAGCAUAAAAACAAUGCACGGCAAACAUUGUGUGAAAAUAGUUAUGACAGUGGUUGCUUACCAUUUACACAACCCCUCACCGAGGGUGAAAUCUUGUGCGUACACAAAAAACUAUACAAUUUGACGAGGCGGAAGAGUGACCCGCUACUAAGUAUAUCCAGUUCAGCUGAACAUAUACCCUGGGUGCCAGAGACUUUUCUAGCGCGGUUUCCGGUUUCUGUCAAGUCUUCAUAGUGACCCGCGCGAAAAGCUUUUCUCGCGGAAAAGCGAAAAGUUUUUCUCGCAGCUUCGCCGCUCGUGGCUUCGGCCUUCGGCCAACACCGAAAAUUUCCACCGCAAGCGAUAAAAACCUCUGGUACCUAGGGUACUGAACAUACUAGAAGGGAUUUUAUUUGCAGUCGCAUACGCCUUUUACCUUAGCAGUCAAGAGACUGUAACAUUUUGAGGGCUCUUAUCUCAACAGGUCUGCUUACUCGACAUGAAUUUCACUUGACGGUCAGGAAUUCUGCUGGAUCUUUCGAUUUUCGACUCUUUGACCACGUUAAGGUUUGUUGUUGUUGUUUUUGCUAAUUGCCAAAGUGUCUCAAACACGUUAACAACGGAAUAUCAAACCAUCCCGACUUUAAAAGAUAAGCCCUUUCCUCAUCUCCACUUGCUAAGUUAGUCCUGUGUUAUUCUAUCGUUGGGCCAUUUUCCUUCCUAACAAGACACUAAAGCUGUUUAACUAUGUUCAGUGCAUGGGCUCGGUACUUGUAUGUAUUAGAGGGAAAUCUGUUUCCCGAUCUCCCAAAGUUUUUCCUGUUUUAUGAAAAAUAAAAAUCGUUCCUAUAACCUCCUUUAUGUUGAUAGAAGAAGAUAAAUCGGGAAAGUCCAGAAUUCUACGAAAUGAAGACAUAACAACCUUCUCUGAUCUCAGCAACAGAUUCAAUUUGGCGCCAAUAGUCCAGACUCAAAUUUGUUGCGCCCACUGAAGAGGAGCAGUGAAGACUCGUUUAUACAGGAUUCGCCUCGACCUGAAGUAAAAUAUUCACAAUUACAAAUGAUAAAAUAUUUACAGACACGGUUGUACACAGGUGUUCUUUUGACUGGAAUUUUUGAAUAUAUUUAACUAAGGUCGAGGCUAACCCUGUAUAAAUAAGUGUUCGGUGCUUCUAUUCAGCGGCCACGACGACUUCGAAUCUGGAAUAUUGUAUGGUGUGUGGUAUGUACCGUCGGAUUUCUCAUCAAAAUUGCAAACUUUGACCUUGUGGUAAGUUUUAUCUCUUGCCUUUUCAGGUACGAAUAUCUGUCAAUAAAUCUCGUGCGCAUUCUCAAUCCUUGAAGCUGGAACUGCUUUCCCUAAAAACGAGCCAGAGUCCCCCAGUUACCGAAAUAAACCCUCAAGAUGAAACAACUAAUAAAAUGAAGAGAAGUGAACUUGUCAAGGUACUGUUGUAAAUUUGUGAAAGGUUUGAACCCAGGAGUCAUUUCAAAAGUAGGUUGAGUUUGAUCCUCCGGGUGAACGUAGUCCUGAAUAGGACUGUUGUUGUUGACAGUGACUCACGUUUCGAAACCUGUACGGUAGUCAUCUUCAGAGUCAAAGAAAAAUACAUUUCAAAACUUGACUCUGAAGAUGACUACCGCACAGGUUGUCGAAACGUCAUUGUCAACAACAACAGUCCUAUUCAGGACUACGUUCACCCGGACGAUCAAACUCAACCUACUUUGAUACUGUUGUAAAGCAACCAUAUUUUACGUCGAUAACUCGUGACAGUAAUAACUGAUAAACUUGAGGUAGACGGUGCGCUCAUUUUAUCCCCCUCUCUCCAUCAAUGCUCCGUGGGAUACUACGACGGUGACGGCCAAUGAAUUUACGUUUUUUUAAUCUCUAGCUUGAAUAUUCCAACUCGCUUACUUUGUCGAAUGCAAGCGAACUCUUCUGGAGCCAGAUUCCUAACAACUAUAUUCAGGUUCAGAAAGAGGUAGAAAAUUUCGUUGACACUUGUUUACGUCCUCCCUAAAACUUGAUAUGAGGCUUUUUUACGUUGUAGUCGUUCAGUGACGGCAAGGAAAUGCACAAAAAAAGCGUGCGGAGUUGUUGCCAUAGUUUUUUGACGUUCUCGUUGCCGUCGCCGUCGUGGCAUCUUAAACUUCUUGGUCACGCCCUUGUCACGAUUACGGUAUACCUUGUUUUUUACUCUGAAAUCUGUUUAUGCGUUUUAACCGUCCAAAUUAUGAAGUUUUUGUAUUUUUUGGACGACCCAAGACUAGUGCUUGUUUUCGGGCGAAAGCGAGGCUCAUGCGGGGAAAUUCUCUCUACGAUAACAAAUAAUCGUGGGAAAACUGAUGUUACCGGAAAACAAGGAAAAUGUUCAACGUUGGACAGUGUAGUUUCAGACUUGAGAGAUCAUUAUUUCAAACGACAAUGUUUGUUUGUGUUUGGGCUAAGAAUCCUCUAGUCCCAGGACCGUUGGGAGAUACGAAAAUUGCUUGUUGAAAAUAUAGUCACUACACUCCUGGUCUUUAGUCGCCUUGACUAACCGCAGUAAAAAUUUCAUCCGGAACACAAAUUGACGGGUUUUAUUCAGACUCAAUGUUUUCGCUUUUAACACGUUUUCAUUCCUUGCCGCAGCAGGAUUAGCUCAGACGGUAGAGCGCUCUACUGCAGAGCAGGAGUUGGUGGGUUUGAUUCCUGGGACCGGAUCAAUACUCAGGGUUUUAAAGUAACUGAGAAGUGAAGGUACCGCCUUUGCCCUGCAAACGGCUAGACUUUCGCUUGGCUCGGUGGACUACGUAAAGUGGAGGUCCCGUCUCCAGUAGGAGACGUAAAAACAGUGUCCUCGAUUGGUACAAUAGUGCUAAAUAUAUUGCCACUCAAAUUAACCUUCCAUUUUAUUUAUUUAUUUUAUUUUCAGGAAGUGAAAUCAAGCCGAGAUGAACAGAGCAAAGACACAGGAAUGGAAAGACUUGAUAAUGAAUUCCAGAAACUGAAAUCAGAAUUUGCUCAAACUCAUGAAAGUGUCAGCUUCUAUUGUCUAAUGGAGUUCUUCAGAGAAAUGUCAAUGAGGGAUGAUCAUCAAGGUGUGGUUUAAACAGUGCUCCAUGUUAGAAAACUAACCUAAAAAUCCUGGAAUCGCAGACUCGAUAAUGAAUUGCAGAAAUUCAAAUUAGACUUUGCCCAGACCCAUGAAACUUUCAUUGCUGUGACUGUUUAAUGGAGUCUGUGGGGUAAAGUCAAAGAGAGAUGACAAUUGUGGGCUAUAAACGCUACCUCGUACAAGAGACAUUCGGCCAACUUAAAACCUACAGAUGGGACCAGGGACUUAAUUUAAGGCCUAGUAGCGUAUUUAGUUUCUAGACAUUUCCGUUGAUUUUUCUCGGAAAAUCGGGCGAGAGAGGCAGAGAAAAACAAACUGCGCCAUCAUAACGUCAUUUUCAUAGUCUAUAGACCAUUAGCUCUGCUCCCGACUAAUCAGCGCGCGAGAAAUCGCUUGGUUAUUGUAAAAAAUUGUAUAACCAUCAAAUGGUUGACCUGCAAUUUGUAUCUAAUCAACCCUUUCCUGCUUGUUUCUUUAAUUGUAAUUAUUUUCCUGACUAAAUGUGAUUAACCAAACGUUAAAAGAAAAAAAUAAUAAAAUUAAUGGUGACAAC